AUGGUUGACUCCCACAGUCAAGGUCAAGAUAUGGGAUACAUUGAGAGACAACUACAAAUUGCUCUAAAUAGAAUCAUAAAGUGGUCCAACAACAAUGGUUUUAAAUUUUCUAGCCAGAAGACAGUCUGCGUGCACUUCUGUCGCAAAAGAAAUCUACAUCCUGAUCCAGAGCUGUAUCUUGACGGCUCUUUCAUCCGCGUUGAACCAGAAGCCAAAUUCUUAGGAGUUAUCUUUAACAGAAAGCUCACUUUCCUUCCGCAUAUCCUAAAUCUAAAGAAAAAAUGUGCUAAAGCUCUCAACAUAUUGAAAGUCCUGGUCAAUACCUCAUGGGGAGCAGAACGUUGUUCUAUGCUCCGCAUUUAUACAGCUUUAAUCCGUUCGAAACUUCACUAUGGCUAUGUUAUCUACGGAUUAGCAAGACCUUCUGUGCUCCUGAAAUUGGAUCCAGUCCACCAUCAAGUGCUACGGAUUUGCUGUGGAGCCUUCAGAACAUCUCCAGUCCAAAGUUUAUAUGUCAUCUGUUUUGAACCAUCUUUGGAAUUCAGACUCAAGCAGUUGUCCAUUGAUCUUCAUUAUAAAGUAAUCUUUGACCUUUUCGGUAUUGCUCCCUGGCAAGAAGUGAACAUUCACCUACUUAACAUUUUUGGAGAACUAAAGAAGACAUGCGACGGAGGACGUGGGCACCAUCCCUCUGCCAAUUGGUUAAUUGGUAAGAGCAGUACCAAUGAUAUCCAUUACCAACAAAUUUUCCUAGAGCAUAGAAGCAGUUAUUCUAACUACAAAGCAAUUUUUAUUGAUGGCUCAAAGAAUCAUGACCACGUCGGGGCAGCUUUUGUUUGUGAUAAAGAAAUAAAGAGUAGUAAACUUCAUAAGGCUGCAUCUGUCUUUACUGCGGAAACUUUUGUCAUUUUGAAUCCCUUAAUCUUUAUCUCUAGGCAGAAUAGCAGAAAGUUCAUCAUCUACUCUGACUCUCUGAAUGCUCUUGAAUCAAUAAAUACAAAUACCAGCCACCCUUUGCUCUUAGAAAUUUUAAAGGCACACCUCCGUUUGAGAAACGCAGGUUAUUAUAUCGCGUACUGCUGGGUGCCUGGACACGCUGGCAUCAAAGGCAAUGAACUCGCCGAUAUUGCAGCAAAAUCUGCUAAUAUUACCUCAGAAAACGAUGUCCCUUUUACAGACAUACGGAAUUACAUUAGAACAAAGGUCUUGUUCAGGUGGCAAGAAUUCUGGGAAUGCCAAACUCUGAACAAAUUAAGGCAGGUAAAACCCAAUUUGGUGUACUGGGAGUCGAGAGGGAAUCGGAAGGAGGAUGUACUACUGACUCGCUUACGAAUUGGUCAUUGCAAACUGAUACAUCAGUUCCUCUUGAAAGGAGAUAAUGAGCCUAUUUGUGGCACUUGCAACGUUCCCGUUUCAGUCAAUCAUAUUUUAACCUGCUGUCCUGCUCUUAGUCAGAAACGUGAAUUUUAUAUUAACUCUACGAAUGUUAACUUAACAGAUCUCAUUGGAAGAAAGCCUCACAUCAACCUCAUAAGUUUUUUAAAAGACAUCUCCUUUUACCAUAUGAUUUGA